GGACGGCUUUUUUCCCGGCAUCCUCCCUGUCGUGACGCAAUCAGCGUGCGUCGGCAGAGUGUGACAGAGGUGCAAGGUGACCGCUUGUUUGGAUCCCGGAGAGUGAGCAUCACGUGUAACCAUGAUUCUUCAGCGCUUGUUUAGUUUCUCAUCUGUCUUACGGAGCGCAGUCUCUAUCCAUCUACGUAGGAAUAUUGGAUUGACGGCUGUUGCAUUCAACAAGACCAGAGAGCUAGAUCCUGUCCAAAAGCUGUUUGUGGAAAAGAUUCGGGAAUACAACACUAAGAGCCAGAAACUCAAUGGCCCUGUUGAUGCCGGUGCUGAAUACCAGAAAGAUCUGAGUGAAGAUAUCAGCAAACUUAAUAGGCUAUUCGGUGGAGGGGACAUGUCCAAAUUCCCAGAUUUCAAGUUUGAAGAACCUAAAUUUGAGGAAUCUUCAAAAUAACCGCUUCUGGCCUGUAAGAAGAAAUGUUUCUUGUACUUCUGUUGCAUUGCCCACACCGAUAAUUUAAUAAAACAUCUUGCUGAUCCAUUUGCAGUUUUUGUUGUGUGUCUGUACAAUAAAGGUUACCUUUACUGAUA